GAAGGCGGCAGAACUUCCGGUGUCAUCGUCAUCAGCCAUUUUGUUAGAGGUGUUGACAUUCAACCGCUGAGCUCGACGAACUAACGUUAGUUGAUAUGGGCCCCUCCGGUAUAAUCCUAAUGUAAAACGGAAUUUGGUUUAAGGUAGUUUUUUCGGACGCGCUAACAAGUAAGGUUAGCUAAUACGUUUUCUAGCUCUGUCGAAAUGGCGGUGAACGCGGCACAGCAAGCCCCGAAACCAAACUGGCCGUAUGGUGGUAAUUCAAGCGCAGAUGGGCAAGUCCACGAGAACCCAGAAUGGGAAAAAGCCCGACAGGCUCUAGCCUCCAUUAGUAAAAGUCAGAACUCUACCAAGACUUCACCAGCUAAUAGCAACCCACAACAGACCGGAACUUAUCAGGCAACAGACUCUUCUGCAAUGCAGCAACAACAGCAGCAGCAGCAGCAAUACUAUCAACAGUGGUAUCAACAGAAUCAACAACAGUAUGCUGGUUACACGUAUCCAUAUAACUACUACUACCCCAUGCCUCCGUAUGGAGGACCAUAUCCUCCGGGACAGUAUGGUGUUCAAGGGGGCUACCAGACACCAACUACACCCACUGGACAGGCCCCUGCCAUGUCUAUGAUGGAAGAUCAGUCAUCCAGCUAUUCCUCCCAACCCCCUCCUCCUGCAACCCCUCAACCACCCCCUCAGAGUCCUACAUCCACUGACCAGCCCCCACCCCCUCCUCCACCCCCUAUACCUCCCCCACCCAAUACCCAGUACCCCCCUUCAUCACCCCAAACCCCUUACAGCCCAAAUGGUACCCUGCCUUACAGCCCCACUGAUUCAAACCCUAUGAUGCUGGGCUACAAUUCAGGACAGAUUCGGCCAGGGUACCAGGGUUACCAAGCUCCAGCAUAUCAGCCCCCUCAGCAGCAGGCUCCAGGACAGGGCCCGUAUGGAGGCCCAGGCAGGGUGGAUGCUAAGAAACCCAACAAUAGCAAUAUGAACAAAGGUGACCAGCAGAUGUGGCAACGCAUGAAACAGGCUCCUGGAACUGGUGCUGUAAAAUUUAAUAUACCAAAACGCCCAUAUGUCAUGGCCAAUCAAAACUUUACUUCAGGUGAUCAGGCCCCUGGAUUGGCUUCCCCCAUUGCAACAAACCCGUCACCUGGGUUUGUUGCUGGAACUUCUGUCACUUCCACAGGAAGUGCCCAAACUCGGCCUCAGGACUGGCCACAGGCCAUGAAAGAGUAUGUACAGCGCUGCUUCACAGCCUGUGAAUCUGAAGAGGAUAAGGAUCGUACGGAAAAAGUGUUAAAAGAUCUUCUGCAGUCCAGACUACAGGAUGGCUCCGCUUACACCAUUGACUGGACAAGAGAACCACUGCCAGAUUUGAAGCCAAAGCAGUCUCGCUGGGAAGCGGUUCCUCAGCGUUCUCAGGAGAAUGCUGUUGGGAGAGGUGGAGCCAUCCGUGGCAGGGGCGGGGCCAGGCUGGGUAACUACAGAAAUGUAUUUUCUCAAAGAAGCCCCUCUUCAAGCUCCUCACGCUCCUCAUCACGAUCCCCGUCACCUCACAGCCGACAUAGGGACCGGAGUAGACAUCAUCGCAGUGACUCUGGCUCUCAGUCAGACAGCAGCAUGUCAAGUGAUCUUCGACUUUCACUGUCCCGGCGGCAACAAAAGGCUGGCCGAGGCCGGGGGGCAGAAAGGGGGCGAGGUAGAGGUGCUGUGGGAGAAAGAGGUAGAGGAAGAGGCAAAGCAAACAGAGGGCGGAGGAAUAUGGAAGACCUAUCCAGUGGUCUUGGUAAAAAGCGGAAAGGUGGUAAUGCAGGGCUUGACUUUCAUGACCCAAACCGUGAAGCGAAGAAGCAGAGCCGUGCAGCCCGUUUCCACACUAAGCUACGCACUGAACCCCUAGUGUUAAACAUCAAUGUUUUUGACCUCCCCAAUGGCACCCAAGAGGGACUGAGUUGGGAUGAUUGCCCCAUAGUCGGCACCUGCCAGGACAUCACCAAAAACUACCUUCGACUGACCUGUGCCCCUGACCCUGCAACCGUCAGACCCGUGUCUGUGUUGCGAAAGUCUCUGAUUGCGGUUAAAACUCAUUGGAAAUCCAAUCAGGAUUACUUGUAUGCAUGUGAACAAAUGAAGUCAAUACGACAGGAUCUCACUGUUCAAGGUGUACGUACAGACUUCACUGUGGAGGUGUAUGAGACACACGCUCGCAUUGCUCUGGAAAAGGGUGACCACGAGGAGUUUAACCAGUGCCAGACCCAGCUGAAGGCGCUGUAUAAAGACUGCCCGUCGGACAACGUGGGAGAAUUCACUUCCUACAGACUUAUCUACUAUAUCUUUACUAAGAAUUCUGGAGACCUGACGACCGAGCUUGUGUACCUGACCCCUGAGCUCCGUGCUGAUCCGUGUGUAGCUCAUGCUCUUGAACUCCGUACUGCCUGGGCACUUGGAAACUUCCACCGGUUCUUCAGACUCUAUAAGAAUGCUCCACGUAUGGCUGCUUACCUUAUUGAUAAGUUUGUGGAGCGAGAAAGAAAUAUUGCGCUGAGGUCCAUUCUUAAAACGUUCAGGCCCUCUGUGCCAGUGGAGUAUGUGCAGUCCAGCUUGGCCUUCCCAGAUUUAGACUCAUGUGUAGCAUUUUUAACAGGGCUUGGGGUUACAUUCACCCCCUCUGACCCAAGCAAAAUAGACUGUAAAGUCAGCUCAGCCAGUCUUUCAACCUCAUAGUAUGGGGAAAGGGUGGGAAGUGACCAGAAAAUUUUUAUUUAUUAGAGGUUAAAAAGCCUGACUGUAGAUGAGGGCCCUGAUAUCUGCAUAAUAGACAGACACACUCAGAGUUUAGUGCCGAUCAUAUUUAUGAAAGAUAAGGAAGAGUGAUGGACUUUCUGACAGAUGACACAUCCACACACAGGGACUUAGGUUCUAUAUUCAAGACCCAGUAUAGCCUAUCACACAGCCCAUUUAGUGAAGUAUCAGGCAAUCAGUUUACUUGAACACUAUCCCUUACACCAAUAGAGAAAAGGCAAAGAUAGGGUCAGCAGGUCACGUCAGGUCCCACAGCCCAGAGCUAAAAAAACAAACAUCUAAGCUAACAGUGUUGUGUUCUCAUGUUUCUCUUCUCUCAAGCAAACAGCCGCAAAGCUCAAGACCUGAAACAUCAUGGUUAAUCCAGAAUAUAUUGUGAGCCAGUUUCCACCGACAGCGUACCAGCUCAUCAAGCCUGUGUGAAGGCUUCUUCUGCAAGGUUUUGAUCAUUUAAGGGACUUUAAAGCCAAGUGAGCUACAGUGUAAUUCUUUAGGCAAGAAGAGGAUGGUUUGUAUUCCCAAUCUUUCUCUUUCCCUGAGAUGUCUUCAGUGAGUCACUAGUGGAGGUGUUCGGUUAGAUCUCCGGACCCCCUUCAUCUCUAAGAUCCUAAUGCUGAGCAUGUAAUUGGACUGAUCCAUAACAAGACAACCAUUUUAAGAAAUGCAGAUUAAGCCCUGUUUUACAUCAUAAGUUCCGCCCCCUUCCCACACAGUAUCUCCUCCCUCACCUGCACAUCAUCAACAGUCAAGAAGCUGGCCUUCAUUAAUCAUAGAUACCCUCCUAAUCGUUCCUUGACACCCAGGAAGCACAGCUCAGUGACUCAACCUUCUCUUUAACUUAUGCCCCAGCUGUGAUCUGAAUAGGGCCAGCCAUUUUAAAAGUCAUCAAAGUCCACUUAGGGCAUUCAUUCACCACAAGGUUUGAUCACCUGCCUCUGAAGAAUGAAGUCCCCUACAAAGCAUCACCCAGCAUAAAAGUUUUGUGCACUUAACAUGCAGUCACCCGUCAAAGGAAAAGUCAUUCAAGAAUGAAAAGCAAGCUCAGUUUUUCUUCACAGCAAGUUGGAGGCUGUCUCCUGUCUUCUCUCCAGAUGGUGAUCUUUACUAGUUACCUCACUGCUGCAAGGGCAUCCACUGUCUGGCUGGGUUUUGGAAACACACGGGUUAGUAUGGCUCCUUAAGCUUUGGCCACGUCUACUGGUAAUGGCUGGUAAGAAGGACUUGAUGCUUUUAAAAGCAUAUUGGAUCUUCAUUUAGCUUGAGUUGAGGUGUUACCACUGUUGAACAACAUGCUUGGCUUGGUAUCUGUUAACUCCUUCUGGCAGGUUGUGAAUUUGUCAUUUCUCAUUUUAAAAUGGGCCUAAUACUGAACCCUGUUGUACCCCUUAUCUGCAAGAUUGACACCAAAAGAUCCAUACAAAAAUCUAAAAGAUCUGCUAAUUUUACAUGGAUAUUACUGUGAUAAAGUAGUAAAUCUCAGAGAUUGAUAUGGUAUCAUGGUCUUAAUCUAGCCAAUGAUUAAAGCAUGAACACAUUGUAGUAAAGUUAUACCAAUUCAAAGUAUUACAAAGUUAAUCUAAUCUGCCUUGAUUUCUAAUGGACUGCUUUAAAAUUAGAGUUGACACUCAUCAAUUACAUUGUAAAUGAACGAGGAGCAUGUGCAGCAGCAUUUGCAGCUGACAUGAUCAGGUUUAUUUAUUAUUAAGAUUUACCAUGGAUAAGGCUUGGAUCUGAAAUAUGUGUGCUUUAGCUAGAUGUGCUCAUGGCCACUGUAAGCAGAAAGCAUCCCUUACACCUCAUUGGUGAAAUUUGUAAAUAUGUGCUCAUGUAAAUAAUAUGCAAAGUGGAAUUUAUUUCUUUUUCCUUAUAGUUGCUUUGAUUUUCAUAAUUAUUUUUGUUUGUUUGUACAAUGGUAAGUGUAAUUUUCAGCUAUACGUAUAUUUUGCUGGCAGUUUUAAAAU